UCAGGCUGCAAAGGUAUCGAUCUGCUACUUAACUAGAUGUAUUGGCGAAGAGGGGAUUUCUUCUGAAAAUAUGCUUACUUUGUUUAUGAGACGCCAUUUUACACCACCAUGCUAAUGGCUAAUGCUACUUCCUGAUGUUACUGCUGCAAUCUGAUUGACUGAAACCACAAUAUGCCACAUCUGGGACUUGCAUUCCGAGGCAUUAGCCACUCUAGCAUGGUGGUGAAAAAUGGUGUUUCAUAAAGAAAGUACAGAUACCCCCCCCUCUCCUUCUCGACAAUACAUCUAGUUAAGGAGGAAAUCAACGCCUUUGCAGCCUGAAGAUGGAGAAUGUUUCAGGUAAAGCCGGUCCACGGGAGGAUAUGAGAAUAUUGCAGGCUGCAUACAAUGUGUUUGGACGGUAAAAUGGAAACGACUCAAUAUCCCCAUCUGCCAGCCUUUGGGCUACUCUCGUUUUGAAACACCAACAUCGUUUAAUAUCAUCAAUGGGACUGACACCAGAGGUGUAAACUACUUAAAGUAAAAAAUACUUUUAAGUCGUUUUUUCGGGGGUAUCUGUACUUUAUCUACAUUUUUGACUACUUUUGCUUCACUAUAGACAGUAAUGUACUUUUUACUGCAUACAUUUUAUCUGACACCCAAAAGUAUUCGUUACAUUUUGAAUGCUUGGCAUUUAUCGAGAGAACAUCCCCGCUCAUCCCUAUAUGUGCCCAAGGCGUUUCUAUUGUCUCUUUCCUGUCCCUGUGGAACAGCCGUAGCGGGACAGAGGAAUGUGUUCAUUCUAGUCGAACCACGGCAGGAGAGCGCAACGGUUGGAAACAGAUGACUGAUGUUCAGAAAAAGAUGUCCUGAUGCGGCACUCCAAACAGUAAACGUUACCCUGCUGUAUCCCUCAUCUCAACCUGCUCCUCCUCCUCCUCCUCCUGUACUUCCUGCUCCUCCAGAACAGACUAUUGGUACCGUUGGUUCCUUCCUUGGGUCCCCAACCCUCACUCGGCCGGUUGACAAAUCUCUGCUUUCCCCCUCUUCUCCGCUCCCCGGUCCUCGUCCCUGAACCUCCUCUCACCCCCGGUCCUCGUCCCUGAACCUCCUCUCCCCCCUCGCCCCAGUCUUCGCCCCACUUCCCCACGUCCCCGGCAACAUGUCCAUCGCCCUGAAGCAGGUCUUCAACAAGGACAAGACCUUCCGGCCCAAGCGUAAGUUUGAGCCGGGGACGCAGCGUUUCGAGCUGCAUAAAAAGGCCCAGGCGUCGCUGAGCUCCGGGGUUGACCUACGGGCGGCGGUAGCUCUGCCCCACGGGGAGGAUCUGAACGACUGGGUGGCCAUGCACGUAGUUGACUUCUUCAACAGGAUAAACCUCAUCUACGGGACGGUGUGUGAGUUCUGCACGGAGAAGAGUUGUCCGGUCAUGUCCGGAGGUCCUCGGUAUGAGUACCGAUGGCAGGACGAUCACAAGUACAAGAAACCAACGGCUCUACCGGCUCCCAAGUACAUGAACUUGCUGAUGGACUGGAUCGAGGUUCAGAUCAACAAUGAGGAUAUCUUCCCACCAGCAUGGGUGAGUACUCUGGGUAUCCCCUUCCCCAAGAACUUCACCCAGAUCUGUAAGAAGAUCAUCUGCCGUCUGUUCCGGGUGUUUGUCCACGUCUACAUCCACCAUUUUGACCGUAUGAUCCUGAUGGGAGCUGAGGCCCAUGUUAACACCUGCUAUAAGCACUUCUACUACUUCAGCACAGAGCUCAACCUCAUAGACCGCAAGGAGCUGGAGCCACUGAAAGAUAUGACGUCUGGGAUGUGUCACUGAGGUGUUGUAGCAGAACCACUGGAGCUGCCGAUGGCCUGGCAGGAGGUUGCCGUGGAUAUGCUGUGGGAGGGGUCCAGUGAGCAGCAGAGAUGCCUCUGAAGCUUGAUGACAUCAUCACCGUGCGUCUGGUAGCCGUAGAAGAACCUGUUACCUGCAGAUACGUCUGCCUGGCUGGAUCCACACUGUAGCGAGGACAGACUCUACUAUUUGUACGAUCAACACUGUGGCAGAGACUACUAGUAGUUUGUCAUGUUAAAUCAUUGUCUCUAUAACACCAGAUCACAGAGGAGGAGCUGAUUAACUAAUGUUUGCAUGACUUGAUUAUGUUCAAUAUGAGAGUAUGACUACUAGGACCACUUACUUACUGGCUGACUUACUGGCAAGCUGGCUGGCUGACUGAUUCACUGGCUGGCUGACUGAUUCACUGGCUGGCUGACUGAUUCACUGGCUGGCUGACUGAUUCACUGGCCAGCUGGCUGACUGACUGAUUCACUGGCCAGCUGGCUGGCUGACUGAUUCACUGGCCAGCUGGCUGGCUGACUGAUUCACUGGCCAGCUGGCUGGCUGACUGUCAAAUCAAAACGUAGGAAUGGAAUCCUAUUCCUUAUAUAGUGCACUACUGUUGACCAGGGCUCUAUGGGACCCUACGGGGCCCUAUGGACAGAGGCAGUGCACUACGGUUGACCAGGACCCUAUGGGACCCUUUGGCCUAUGGACAAAGGCAGUGCACUCCGGUUGACCAGGACCCUAUGGGACCCUACGGGGCCCUAUGGACAGAGGCAGUGCACUACGGUUGACCAGGACCCUAUGGGACCCUUUGGCCUAUGGACAAAGGCAGUGCACUACGGUUGACCAGGACCCUAUGGGACCCUACGGGGCCCUAUGGACAGAGGCAGUGCACUACGGUUGACCAGGACCCUAUGGGACCCUUUGGCCUAUGGACAAAGGCAGUGCACUCCGGUUGACCAGGACCCUAUGGGACCCUACGGGUCCCUAUGGACAAAGGCAGUGCACUCCGGUUGACCAGGACCCUAUGGGACCCUAUGGGACCCUAUGGACAAAGGCAGUGCACUCCGGUUGACCAGGACCCUAUGGGACCCUACGGGGCCCUAUGGGCAAAGGCAGUGCACUACGGUUGACCAGGACCCUAUGGGACCCUACGGGGCGCUAUGGACAGAGGCAGUGCACUACGGUUGACCAGGACCCAAUGGGACCCUACGGGGCCCUAUGGACAAAGGCAGUGCACUACGGUUGACCAGGACCCUAUGGGACCCUACGGGGCCCUAUGGACAAAGGCAGUGCACUACGGUUGACCAGGACCCUAUGGGACCCUACGGGGCCCUAUGGGCAAAGGCAGUGCACUACGGUUGACCAGGACCCUAUGGGACCCUACGGGGCCCUAUGGGCAAAGGCAGUGCACUAUAUAGUUAAUUCAGAAAGUAUUCAGACCCCUUGACUUUUUCUACAUGUUGUUACGUUACAGCCUUAUUCUAAAACGGAUUACAUACAUCUUUUCCUAAUCAAUCUACAUCACAAUACCCCAUAAUGACAUCACAAUACCCCAUAAUGACAUCACAAUACCCCAUAAUUACAUCACAAUACCCCAUAAUGACAUCACAAUAACCCAGAAUGACAUCACAAUACCCCAUAAUGACAUCAUAAUGACAAAUUAAAAACAGAAAUACCUUAUUUACAUAAGUAUUCAGACCCUUUGCUAUGACACUCGAAAUUGAGCUCAGGUGCAUCCUGUUUCCAUUGAUGAUCCUUGAGAUGUUUCUACAACUUGAUUGGAGUCCACCUGUGGUAAAUUCAAUUGAUUGGACAUGAUUUAGAAAUGCACACACCUGUCUAUAUAAGGUCCCACAGUUGUCAGAGCAAAACCAAACCAUGAGGUCGAAGGCGUUGUCUGUAGAGCUCCGGUACCGGAUUGUGUCCAGGCACAGAUCUGGGGAAGGGUACCAAAUAUGUUCUGUAGCUUUGAAGAUCCCCAAGAAAACAGUGGCCUCCAUCAUUCUAAUAUGGAAAAAGUUUAGAGCUGGCCUCCCAGCCAAAUUGAGCAAUCAGGGAUGAAGGGCCUUGGUCAGGGAGGUGACCAAGAACCCAAUGGUCACUCUGACAGUGCUCCAGAGUUCCUCUGUGGAGAUGGGAGAACCUUCCAGAAGGACAACCAUCUCUGCAGCAUUCCACCAAUCAGGCCUUUAUGGUAGAGUGGCCAGACAGAAGCCGCUCCUCAGUAAAAGGCACAUGACAGCACAGUUUGAGUUUGCCAAGGCACCUAAAGACUCUCAGACCAUGAGAAACAAGAUUCUCUGGAGGAAACCUGGCACCCUGGUGGUGGCAGCAUCACUACGGUGAAGCAUGGUGGUGGCAGCAUCACUACGGUGAAGCAUGGUGGUGGCAGUAUCAUGCUGCGGAGAUGUUUUUCAGUGGCAGAGACAGGAAGACUAGUCAGGAUCGAGGGAAAGAUGAACAGAACAAAGUACAGAGAGAUUCUUGAUGAAAAUCUGCUCCAGAGCGCUCAGGACCUCUAACUGGGGCGAAGGUUCACCUUCCAACAGAACAACGACCCUAAGCACACAAUCAAGACAACACAGUAGUGGUUUCGGGACAAGUCUCUGAAUGUCCUUGAGUGGCCCAGGCGGAGCCCGGACUUGACCCCGAUUGAACAUCUCUGGAGAGACCUGAAAAUAGCUCCCAUUACAACCUGACAGAUCUUGAGAGGAUCUGCAGAGAAGAAUGGUAGAAACUGCCCAAAUACAGGUGUGCCAAGCUUGUAGCGUCAAACCCAAGAAGACUAGAGGAUGUCUUCACGGCCAAAGGUGCUUCAACAAAGUACUGAGUAAAGGGUCUGAAUACUUAUGUAAAUGUGAUAUUGCCGGGGGGGGGGUUUUGUAGUUUCAUUGGUCCUUUCAGGUGUUCAUCCAUCAUGAUCCUGUUUUUCAUUACUUCACCAUGAGGACUUCUUUCUAUGUAAAUUAACUUGUUGUGCUGGCAUCCUUAGCCUAGUGAAUAUGUAUUUAUGAUACUUUAGCAACACUAAAAUCAAGUUUUGUUAUCCAAUCAUCAGUCUGUAACUUGACCGUUCAGUUUACGAUAACCAACACAAAGUGUCUGACCUACAAAGCGAUGAUAAUAUUGUCAACUAGACACUGACACCUAUUUACAAUUAUUUUUAACAUUUAGUUUGACUGUUCAUGAUUCCAUGUAAACGUAACACUACACCAGAAACAAUAAAGUUUUGAGUAUUUUGA